GUUCCGUGUUUGGGGCUUUGGGGCUUUGGCCAUGUCGGACAUCGCGGACGGUGUGUCGUGCCAUUUUUUGGGGCGGCGCGGUCUUAGACACAGCGGCAUCCGUUCUUUUCCUCGGCUGUGCCUCGGCAGUGCUUCAUGGAUGGCAGAGCCCAUGUGCAGAUGAUUCCUUUCCAGGCUUGACGGUCUUCGUCAGUGCAAUAAGGCAGAGCAAGUCGAGUCGACAAGAAAGCGCCAACAUGAGGUGUUGAAAGCAGAACGACCAGAAGGAUUGUCGCGACAUGGCGACAUGGUGAGGAUUGUCGGCGACGGCGACUGGUGUCACGAUUCUUUGGGAUGCUUUCCAGCACUGCCAGUGCUUGAGGUGAAGAAAGUGAAGGUUGGCGGCAAAGCUUGGCAAAUGGCUACUACUGGUCUCCGCACUCACAGUGAAAAGCAGAAGCACCUGGCGAACUCCGAAUUCCGAUCUGGGUGCGCUCACGAGGAAGAAAGACGUCGCCUGGUUCGACAGUUCGGCGUUCGGAAGAUCACAGAGUUCAGCUCCGCGUGGCUGCUCGACGUCCGUGAGAAGAAUUCGCCUGCAGCUGGAGUUCUCGCCAAAUUUGGUAAACAUUUGGCACAUUCAGAUCUCAGGUCCAUCUCCUACCUUUUUAUGCAAAGAUGGGCACGCUUCAUUCUUUUCUAAGUGGCAUCAGCUGACCAUCGACAUCGGGACGAGGCGUUGCUGAUCCUGCGAUCUUUGAAGGUGGGACUGCCACCAGCACAGGGGAGCACAUCGUCAGGAGUGCUCCCGGCGAAAAGGAGAGUGUUCUCUAACCUGCAUCGUCCUUGGACAUCUCCGUGCUGACCUUGACGAAGGAGGAGCACAUCAUUCACAAGCGACAGAACCUUCCGCGCGCUGAGGGUCGGAGGGAGCUCUUAGCGAUCUGAUUUUGGCA